UCACUCUCUCUCACACACACACACACACACACACACACACACAUCACUGCUGCCACUAACCUAUUCUCUAAAAACAUGUUUAUAUACUUAUUCGCCGCAUUUGAAAAUGUGUUUGAAAUACUCUUUCCUGGUUUAAUCUAGUCCAGUUUUGUCUUAAGUUUUGAUAAGUAAAGCGGGUUUUCAUUCUGAUGUAGUUCUGGGUGGGAACACUCAAUCUUCUACAUAUUCAGCUUCAUGUUGAAAUAUUAAAUGGUAUCCUUGUUGUAAUGGAAGAAACAGCCCCGUGAAAGAUACAUUUAACGUUUAACAUGUCGGUUUUUACCCAUUCGGAAUUUCGGACAUCCAAACCAUUAUUCUCAUGUGUCUUCGUUUCAGUGCCGCGAUGCCUCUGUCCACCCAGUUGCAGGCUGACGAUGAACAAUACGUCCUCGUGGCCAGUUUGGACAAUGCUCGUAAUCUCUCCAACAUACUGAAAGCGAUCACCUUCAAAGACCACGCCAUCUUCAACGCAACACCCAACGGCCUGAAAGUCACAGUGGAAGACUCCAAGUGUCUGCAGGCCAAUGCAUUCAUUCAGGCUGAGAUCUUCCAGGAGUUCACCAUAAAGGAAGAUUUGGUGGGUUUUCAGGUCAAUCUCACUGUUCUGUUGGACUGUCUCAAUAUCUUUGGAGGAAGCUCAGUGCCAGGAGUGUCGACAGCCCUGCGGAUGUGCUACGGAGGGUACGGCUUCCCUCUGACCCUGUUCCUGGAGGAGGGCGGCGUGGUGACGGUUUGCAAGAUCAACACACAAGAACCAGACGAGCCGAUUGACUUUGAGUUCUGCAGCACCAACGUCACAAACAAGGUGAUCCUGCAGUCGGAGAGUCUGAAAGAACCCUUCUCUGAACUGGAUAUGACCAGCGAGGUGCUGCAGAUCACCAUGUCCCCGAGCCAGCCAUACUUUAGGUUAUCUACGUUUGGGAACUCCGGAAACGCUCAUUAUGAUUAUCCCAAAGACUCUGACAUGAUGGAGCUGUUCCAGUGCACCAAGACACAAACCAACAGGUACAAGAUGUCCCUGCUGAAGCCGUCCACCAAAGCCCUGGCGUUGUCCUGUAAAGUGUCCGUGAGGACCGACAGCAGGGGCUUCCUCUCCCUGCAGUACCUGGUCAGGAACGACGACGGACAGAUCUGCUUCGUGGAAUAUUACUGUUGUCCCGACGAGGAGGUGGAGUGAUUACGGCGCAUCCACGAAAUCCUCCCCCACUUUUACACAGGCGCCUCAUCUUCAGUUGCGGCCAGUUGCUUUGGACUGGUUGCAAGAAUGAAAAGACUCCGUCUGCCAGAGGAGGCAGUACAGCCGGUGCUGGACUUUGAGGACAUGAUGGAUAAAGGAUAGAAAAUCAUACAUUAGAGUGGAACAUUGUUACUGGACUAUAAUAAUGUCACCUACUUGUUCUUGUUGUGUGCCUGUGGUGUAGUUACAUCACUAUAUUGAGUUCAUGAUUGCAUAUAAAGUUACUGUAUGUAUGUGGUAUUGUUACUGUGGAGACCAAGCUUAAGACAAGAAGCCCCUUGACAUAUGAACACUGCCUGUAAAUCCGUGAGUCUACGUCACUACUCCGCUAUAAUGUGUCCCUGGUGUUGAAAUGUGGAUGGACAUCUGUCUUUAGAACACAUCGGAUGAUACAGACAAAGGGUUGAAUUGUUUUUAUUUCCAUGACAUAGAAAACAGUUGUAGACAAACUCAAUAAACAAGUUUUUUUUGUUUUA